UAAUAUAUGAUCGAAAAACAAAAUAACAGAAAGAAAACAUCAUAUGUUUCAGUCAUGCAAAUAAAAUAAAGACAGAGUCAGUUGUAGCUCAACUAGCUGUCUUCCUACUAUUACCAUUAGCUUUGGGUUUACCGUCUCUUCAUUCUUCUUCUUCUUCUUCUUCUUCUUCUUCUUCUUCUCAAGUAACUGGAUGUUCCCAUCUUCCUCCUUUCUACUGUGGAUUCAGAAGAGUAGCAAAGUUAUAAGGGAUACAUCUUGGAGAGCAAUAUAAGCAAUUUACUGGGGCUGUUGAAGUGAGUACAAUAGAAGAAAUAGAUUACAUUCAAUUGUUUUGACGAAUUAGAGACGUGUGAUGGUAAUUGUACAUACAUCAAAAGAAGCCAUAUGAUGGCCACAGCUGCAGUUGUUGGGCUUAGUGCAGGGAAGAGACUCUUGAGUUCCUCCUGCAAUUACUCUGAUCUCACAGAAAAGCUCUCAUAUGCCAAUGAUUACGCACUAUUGCACUAUCAAAUCACUUCAACUAAGAAAGUGAUAAGUGCAAAAAAGUCAUCUAAUUUUAGCCCCAGUUUUCCUUCAUCUAAUCGGCAAACACAGUCUAUCAAGGCUGUCAAAGAACAUGUGGAUAUUACCUCUUCUCCUUCAACUGCAGAGCCAUGGUUGCAGAGACCCAACGAUCUUGAAGAAGAAAGUUCUGAUCUUGAUUAUUCGGUGGAGGCACUUCUUUUGCUGCAAAAGUCUAUGCUGGAAAAGCAAUGGAGUCUUUCUUUUGAGCGGACAGUACUAACUGACUCACCAAGAGGAAAAAUUCACAGGAAGAUACCUGUCACUUGUUCUGGGGUAUCUGCUCGGCAAAGAAGAAUGAGUACUAGGAAGAAAAUUCUGAACAAAAAUGGUUAUAUGAUGCAACCUUGUACCAGUAAGCAGCUGAGAUCAAUGAUCAGUCCAGAGCUGCUGCAGAAUCGUUCAAAGGGUUAUGUCAAGGGUGUAGUAAGCGAAGAGUUGCUCACUCAUGCAGAUGUUGUAUGCCUGUCAAAUAAAAUCAGAACAGGUCUUUCCUUAGAGGAGCAAAAAUUGAGACUGAAGGAGAGGUUAGGAUGUGAGCCGUCCGACGACCAACUUGCAACUUCAUUGAGGAUUCCUCGUGCUGAAUUACACUCAAAAUUGAUCGAGUGUUCUUUAGCAAGAGAGAGGCUGGCAAUGAGUAAUGUUCGUUUGGUCUUGUCUAUUGCUCAAAGAUAUGAAACCAUGGGUGCUGAUAUGGCCGACCUUGUUCAGGGUGGUUUAAUUGGACUACUGCGUGGAAUUGAGAAAUUUGAUUCUGCAAAAGGGUGCAAAAUUUCAACUUAUGUUUAUUGGUGGAUACGUCAGGGUGUUUCUCGAGCAUUGGUUGACAAUUCCAGAACCUUGAGGUUGCCUAAUCAUUUGCAUGAGAGGUUAGGUUUAAUCCGGAAUGCCAAAAUUAGACUGGAAGAGAAAGGAAUAACUCCAUCAAUUGAUAGGAUUGCAGAAUGCCUGAACAUGUCACAAAAGAAAGUUAGGAAUGCUACGGAGGCAAUCAGUAAGGUGAUCUCUCUUGAUAGGGAUGCAUUUCCCUCUUUGAACGGUCUUCCAGGAGAAACUCAUCAUAGUUACAUUGCAGAUAAUCGCGUCGAGAAUAACCCAUGGCAUGGAGUAGACGCGUGGGCAUUGAAGGAUGAAGUAAACAAGCUCAUCAAUAUGACACUAGGUGAACGGGAGAGAGAGAUUAUUCGUCUUUACCAUGGUCUGGAUGAUGAAUGCCUUACAUGGGAGGAUAUUAGUAAACGCAUAGGUUUGUCCAGAGAAAGAGUUAGGCAAGUCGGACUUGUUGCACUAGAAAAACUAAAACAUGCUGCGAGGAAGAGGAAGAUGGAAGCUAUGCUAGUGAAACAUUAAUUUGCUGCAUUUCAUCAAAGAUGCCAUUAUGAUGACUGUAUAUAUAUACAGAAAAGUAGACUGCAUCUUCAAUUUCUUUUCCUACUCAGAAAUAGUUAUAGAAGAUUAUGUCAGGGUUUAUGACCCUAACUUUCAGUAACAAGAGUUAGAAAAACACCAUUUGAGAGCAUGUAAGUCGGGGCGGAAAAUUUUCAUUUGGGUUGACAAAAUCUUUUAUGAGAAACAGAUCUCAUUUUCUGUAGUUAUCAUAAAGAACCAAGAAGUUUCCCUCAA